GCACCACCAAAGCCACUGUUCCACUGUCAGCCAGCCAGAGGCCAUGGCCAAGCGCCACCUCGUCCGGCCCUGGCUCAGCGUCUCCCCCAACGGCUCCAGGCCCUGGAGACAGAGCUCCAGAGCCCGGUCUAGCGCGGGCCGGGGCCUCUACUAGGGAGACCUCCCGAACCGAGUGUUUGGGAGCUCCGGGGCCCCCAGCAGGACGCCCCCUUCCACCGCGGCGGCCCCGCCCGGGCGCGCACCCCCAGAUCCCGCGCCCCCCACCGGUGCAGCCCCGGCCGGGGCGGGGCGGGGCCGGGGGCGGGGCGCAGACGGCCGGGACUCCCUUCCAGCUCCGCGCCCGCAGCUCAGCGACCAUGGGGGCGCGGCUGGGCCGGCGGACCGGAGCCGAGGCGGGCUCGGAAGCCCGGGCGGCGGCGGGGUGCGGGCCCGCGCCCUAUGAGCGCCGGGUGCGCUGGCUCCGCGAGAUCCAGUCCACGCUCCGCGAGCGGCGGCCCGAGCGCGCCCGGCAGCUGCUGCGCCUCCUGCGCCAGGACCUGGGCCUCGAGGGGACCCUCCUCACUGACAUCCUCUACAGGAAUGUGGCCUUCCUCAAUCUGGUGGACCCCAUCUCCCAUGACCUGCUUGUGAACCUGGCCCGGGACCUGCAGUGCCCCAAGACGGACUAUGAGCUCUGGAAGUCCUCGGAUAAGAUCUGCCGGCAGCUAAUCUACCACCUCACCCCUCACUCCAAGCGGCAGCGGGGGUCCAGCCUGCCCCGGAGGAAGACCCAGAGCUGCCUCGAGAGCAGCCUCCAGAUGACUCAGCUGGCGGGGGAGACCGUGAACCUUUCGGGGAUUCUGCUGUCCACGAGGGAUGUGCGGCACAUCAUGCGCUACCUGGGAAGCCAGGGAGCCGGGCUCACGGUGCUGGACCUGAGCUUCACGGGGCUGAGCGACGAGCUGCUGCGCCUGAUGCUGCCCAGCCUCUGGACGCUGCCCCACCUCACCCAGCUCCUGCUCAACGGCAACAGGCUGACGAGGGCCACUGCUCGCGAGCUCACUGAGGCCGUCAAGGACUCCGCCAAGUUCCCCGCGCUGGUCUGGGUGGACCUGGGCAACAAUGUGGACGUGACCUCCCUGCCCCAGCCCCUGCUGGUCGGCCUGCGCCGGCGGCUCAGCCAGCGCACCUCACUCCCCACCAUCUACGAGGGCCUGGACCUUGAGCCUGAGGGCGGCGUGGCUGGGGCCACCUCUGCUGCAUCCACCUGGGGCUCUGCAGCCGCUGGGCCAGGGUCUGAGCCCCAGGCCUGCUGCACGAGGUGACCCGCCACCCACCCUGGCUCCUGCCUGAGUGCUGAUGCUCCUAGGCACAUGGCAUGGGGGAUGAUGGAGGCCCUCCAGGCCCCCAGAAAUCCAGUGUAAAUGUGCAGCCUGGGAUGAAGGGGAUGGAAGGAGAAGGGGUUCACCAGAGUCCAGAUGGUCAACCCAGGAGGGACUGUCAGGCUUCCCUCGGCAGGAAGCGCCCGGCACCUGCUGUGCCGAUCCCACAGUAAACGGUGAUGUCCUGCUCUG